UAUGACCCCAUACCAGCUUUGGUGGUCUUAUGCCAUAAAAUAGUAGUAGCUUACACUUGUCCCUGACUAUAUGAUUAAUGUUUCACUUUUUUCUUUUGAAUCGUUUGAUUAUUUUGAUGGUUUAUGAUGUAAUUUCCUCACUUCAUGCACGUAAGUGACAAUUAGAGAAGGCAAAAUGCUCUAUAUAGCUAAUGAAUGAUACUGAGACAAUUAAAUAGGGCUAGGAGGGAAAGAAUGGGCUAUGAGUUUAGUUCCCCGGAGUACCCCUUUAAGUAUUUAAGAUCCUGAUGUGUUUGUGGUGACCCAGUACAGAAUAAUAUGUUCUUCUGUACUCCUGCCUAUCCUGUGUGGCAGAUGAUGCUUCAAUGGCCGUCUUGGGCCCACUCUCCUUACAACUCUCUACAUAAGGGUUAAUGUAUUGUAUUUUCUAUGCACUUGUUACCUUAAGAAACCUGUUGUCAAGGACGUUGUUGUUAAGGGGAGUAUGCAGUGGUGAACAUGUGACUUAUCUGCCCAAUGGGAAAGUUCUAAAUUGUCCCCUUAUAUACUGUAGCCAGAGUUCAGAGUUGAGAUUGUUCUGAGGUGCAGUUUGGUGAGGAGUGAAGUCUGUGAGGUGGAUCUGAAAGGACGCCUGAGGCCUAGUCCAGCAACCACGCAUCUACUACCAGUUAACCCCACUACCCAGGUGAAAGUCAAAGCCUUGUGGAUGGCCACUUACCAAGCGUUGCUUCCACCAGGCUACUGAUGCAUGAAGUCACCGAGGGGUCACAUGUGACUUUAGAGCCGGGACACGUGGCGGCAUUUUGAGCCGAGCAGGUCUCACACAUCAAGGAGGAUACUGAAAUGCACAAUCCACACGGACAGGAUAAGGAUGAGAAAAACUCCAGUAAAUGGCCGUGUCACCUGAGGAUCAGUUAUUAUAGCUGCACCGGUACAGCCCGCACACCUGUUCUCUCUGCCGGUCUGCAGUACAGGAUAGACAGCACCAUGAAGAUCACAGUCGCUGCUCUGUACGAUGUCUCUACCUUCAUAUAUACAGCUUCUUGUCUUCGAUGCAUGAUUUGCCAUUGGACUUUAAAUAGAGCUUCAGAUGACCUCGGCCCUGUUCAAGAUAUCAAGGCGUCUUUCUACGGUUUUGUGAAUGGGCAGCCUUUUUGCCUAGGAUCUAACUACUCCUGUGCUUCAGAGGGACACGUCUGCAGUUUUAUGUACUUAAGUAUGACAAAAUAUGAUCAGUCGCAGGAGGUUUUUAUCAAGAGAGACUGCCUCCACCCAAGUGAAUGUAAUGUCAGCGGGAGCUUUACAACACCCCUGCAAAAAACAUCAUAUGCUACUACCUGCUGUGCUACUGAUAAGUGUACACCCACUUUUCCAAACGUACGCCCAGAAAACAACACUGAAAAUGGGGUGUUGUGCCCAUCCUGUUUUUCAUCCACCAAGGAAGAGUGUGUGGCCAAGUACUCAAUGGCGUGUACGGGAGAAGAGAAGAGCUGCCUUGCCUUUAAACACACGGCCUUAUUUGACUCAAAUUUUGUCAACACCAUGGGCUGUGCUUCGGAACAUGUUUGCAAAGGGAAAGGGGAUUUGUCUCAUUUAAAGAAACCAGGAAUGUUGGCCGAAAUUACAUGCAAUAAUGUGAACAACGAUGUACAGCUAAAGAAAGGACAUUUUCUCUGGUGCCAAUUCUGUCUCGAUUACAAUAUCAACAACUGCACAGACCUGGCACAUAUGUGCCUGCCGGAAGAGGACGUGUGUGUGUUCGAAAGAACAAAGAGUGUAUAUGAUGGACGAAUAGAGGUAGAAAUUAUCAAACGGUGCGGUAAGUCCCAUGAAUGUAGCAGAGCUGGAAGCAUAAGAAGUUCAACCAAGACUAUAUUCGUGAACACCACCUGUUGUAACCAUAAUGUAUGCCAGAUGCCAUUACCAACCUUACCCUCAGACACCAGUGACGAAAAUGGACUUACCUGCCCGGCUUGCUUUGUGCCUAACUCAGAUCGUUGUUUAGGGCGAAGUAACUUGAAAUGCACCGGAAAAGAAAAUCGCUGUAUUCACUACAUGAGAACCGAGACACAAGAUAUUUCCACUGUCACAGAGAGCUUACACGGCUGCACCACCGAUGAGAUCUGUGAAGCUGGAUCGGGCAUGUCCUAUGCAAGAGGACAUUACCACAAAACCAUAAAGACUGAUGUUAUGUGCAGCAGGGCGGGGGGGUGGCGGGCUCCUCUCUGCACUAUCCUGCUCUCUAUGGCUAUCACAUUUAUUGUUCUGACACUUGUCAUAUCCUUAUAACGUUGACUGUUUUGUAUUUAUGUAACCUUUGUCAAAUAAUUGAUAUUAUAAAGCUGCAGGCACCUAUGGACCGGCAAAGCCACUUACAGAUACGAGCAAAAGCAAGUGGUGGCCAUGGCGAGUUGUAGUGACGGCUGCCACGCCCCUUCCCAUAGACUUGCACUGAGGGGGUGGGGCUUGAUGUCUUUGCUCCGUGCAGCUAAUGACAAGUGGGUGCUGCAGAAGACAUCGCGGGGGUCCCCAGUGGCGGCAUCCUCGCGAUCAGACAUCUUAUCCCCUAUCCUUUGGAGGAUAAGGGGAUAAGAUGUCUAGGGGUGGAGUACCCCUUUAAAGGGGUAUUCCGGUGGAAAAC